CUGGGUCCGGUGUCACGGCUGGGCAUUGUGGGGUCCGUUACCCGCGGGGUUGAUGGCAGCUGGGUUUCGGGCUGCCGUGCAAAUUCCGUGUGAGGAGAAGGGCUUUGCCGUGCCGGAGCAGGUUCUGCUGUCCAGCCGCGCUUUGGCUUGGUUUGGUUUGGUUUGGUUUGGUUUGGUUUCUCCUCUGGGCUGUCAGGAUGGUCCGGCCCUUCCAUAAAUCCCGGCACACAGGUUGUACAGCCUGCCUCUGGGAAGCAGCUCAGCAGCUUUGGGCUGCUUUGCCCGAAGGUAUAGGGAGUCAUUCCCCGAGCUCCUGAAAUCCUGUUCUUCAGCAUCCCCUCUGCCGUCAGGUGGAAGCUCACAUUCCCUACACAUCAGUUAUGGGAUGGAUCCGGGUAAAUUUCUUGGAUACGUCCUGAGUGUGCAGACCUUCCAUACAGAGACCUGCAUGAGCUGCAGCUCCAGGAGCUGAGCACUGGCUGGCAGAGCUUGUCUGAGAAUGAGCAGGGAAAUGAACUUUGCUGAAGAGUUUUCCAUCCUCCCGUCGAUGCAGAGCUGGCAUUGAAUCCUCCAGGAGCUGCUCACUUUGAGGGGCUGCUCACUUCCCCCUGAGCCCAGCUGGUACAGCCAGGCAAUGGAUUCUCCCUAUGCCAACGGAGCCUACAGCCCCCCGUACCCACACUACGCCAGCCUGCCCCAGGCACGGGGCUUCUACUGCUCGGGGCCCCCGCGCAGCCCCUACCCCCCGGAGCCCCCGGGCCUCUACCGGCCCCCGUCGCCCGCUCCCGCCUGGAGCUACGUCCCCCCGGAGUGUCCCCCCGAGGGCUCGGCCCUCCGCAGGCAGCAGGUCCCCGGCUACUCCCCGCCACAGACCCCGGGGAUGCCGAUGCCGCAGUAUCCGUACGGAGACAGCGGUGCGGGAGUGACGGGGCAGGGCCCAGUGCCACAGCCCAGAGCCCUGGAGGACACCUGGGGCCCCCACUCUGGCUUUGGGGUGCAGCCUCGCUACGCCUGGCCCGCCUCGGGGCACGGCAGCCUCUACGUCUCGGACUCACACCCCCCCUGGACCGGCAGCGGGGCUCCUUCCCACCCACCCUCCUGGGAGUCACAGGGACAGGACUCUGUGUACGACAGACCUGAGCAAAGCCCCGGCCAACACGGUUACUAUUCUGAUGGCAACCAGCGGCACUCGGGGCCAGUGAACGAGCACAGGGUGGCCAAGCCUGCCCCAUCCCAGCCCCGGGUGCAGUACAGUGCCCAGCCCCAGCUCUACGACCUCGCCCCACGGAAACCCGUGGCCAGGAGCCAGGAGCUGGGCUUCAAACCUGCUGACCAGCCUGCCACGCAUCCUGCAGCCCUGCAGCCGGAGAUUCAGAGGAUCCUCCACGUGAUGGGGGAGGCUGAACAGCUGGAGGAAGAGGUGGAUGAGUUUGUAGGGAAAAAGACAGAUAAAUCCUACCGGCUGCUGGAGGAGAUGUUGACCAAGCUGCUGCUGGAGCUGGAUUCCAUUGAGACUGGGGGCCAGGACAGUGUCCGGCAGGCCAGGAAAGAGUCCGUCCACAGAAUUCAGGCCAUACUGGAAAAACUGGAAAGAAAGGGAUUGUGAAAGCACACGGGCCACAACACACAGCCUGUUGUUGAGGUUCCAAAGAGUUCUCUUAAAUCUCAGCUCUUUCUGCUACGCACUAUUGACAAUGGAAUAGCAAUAAGCCCUGAGUUAACAAAUCAAAUCAAACCCACCAAAAAGCCAGCCCAGAAGCCCAGCCCUGACAAACAACUCAGCAAAGGACAAAUGGAGAGAGGUUUGAAGCAGCAAAAGCAUUGAAUGACGAUGUUGAAGAGAGCUGGGCCAAGGAUGGAGCCCUGUGGGGUUGUGUACAGAGUUCCCCAGAUCAGGCCCAAUCUCUGGGUGCCUCCUACAGCCACAGCCAGUCUUCAAACACUCCUCAGAUGUGCUGCAAUGUGCAGCCACCAACCAAGACAAUGGGCUUGUCCUCACUGCCUGUAAUUUCAGCUUCAGCUCCCUUGCCAUGAACCCUGUGUGUCCUCAGAGGGGUUGUUUGGGUUUAGUGCACUCAAGGAGCAACACUGAAGUGCUGGAGGGAGGGACUGUGCUGGCACAUGUCACGUCAUGCUGUUCCUGCUGUGUGGUGCAGAGCCAGUGUGGGGUGUCCCUGUGGGCAUAGGAACAGACUGGAAAUCCCCGUUCUGCCACUGGAAGAAGUGCAAGUCAAGGCAAGAGCAGGGGCAGGAUGCUUGGGUCAGAAUCCCCUGUUUAAUGUCCCUCUCCAUCCUGUGAGUUCUGUCCCACUGUGCAGCAUCACGGGGAGGGAACAGCUCAGCCUGUUCCAGCCUCCUGCACAGCAGCUCACUGCUAUGUGUGGCACCUAAUAAACCCUGACAAGUUUUAAAUGUUAUUUUGUAA